AUGGCUGUCCUUGACUUUUCGUACGAUCAAGCGCUCUUCCCCAAACACCUUCGUCUUGUCCUGGAGCGUCUCACGGAAACUUCUGACAAGCGGGAGUGUGCGCAAGAUUGGGUUGGGUGCUUCACCACCACCGCUCAGAUAUUCAGGAAUGGCAAAACGUCUAAUGGCCGCGAAGAAAUCCAAGAAAUGAUUGAGAGAUCAUGGGAUAAUGUCGAAUGGCGACAUCACAAGCCUAGGAUGGUUUAUGUGCUCGGCAAGGGGACCAACGAUGUAAUGGUGAAAGGGUCGACCGAAUAUCAAUUCCAAGACGGCCGCUUUCAUGAGGGAAAUUGGGGAGCUGAGAUCUCUUUUGUUGAAGUUGACGGGGAAUGGAAGAUCCAGAAGUACACGGUAGUGUUUGUGUAA